AAUAUAAUACAACACUGUUCUUAUAUUCUUUUUAUUGCCUUUGCAUUCGCUUCAGGUGUUUCUCGUAUUUCUUGUUCCUCAUCAUGAUGUGUUUAGAUGCCAACCUUGGCAACAGCUGUUGGGGCACACCUAAGGAAGCAGCAGACUCCAGAUGAACCUGGGCAACAAACUGGUCGGGUCUUGACUCUGUCUUUCUGUAACAUGUCCUUCAAUUUACGGCUUCGGAAGCAGAACUUAGCGCUGACCGUCUGCGUGGUUUUCCUUGUUAGUCUCACUCUUUCGCUGCUACAGAGGGCAACCAGAGAGAAGACUACGUUAGGACAAUUGUCAAAGUGCCGGGAAUUGAAUCGGUUAUUUGAAGUAAGGGAAUUCUCUCAGAGUGCUCAAUUCAGCAAGACAGCCAGCGAUGAGAAGCGUGUUCGUGUUGUCAAAACGUGGAAACUUCCUCAAAAAGAUAAGGGCAUUCUGGAGCAUGUGCUACUCUCUCAGGAGUGCCCUUGGGAACCCAAUCCUGCAGCAAUGGCCCAAUACAGGGCAGAACUGGGCCAAUGUUGCAAUGCUUCCUUCUCAAUGGUCUUGACCAAGGAAAACACGCCAUUGGGAUCAAGCAUCACCUUUGACGGAAUGAAAGGAAAGGCGUUUCCGGCGAGCGCUAAGCUGGUGGACCUGCUGCCGGAGAGGUCACCCUUCCCAGAUUCCCGGUAUAGGCACUGUGCUGUAGUGGGCAAUGGUGGGAUUCUACGAAACAGCAGCUGUGGUCAGGAGAUUGACCGGGCAGAUCUAGUAAUCAGGUUCAACCUGCCUCCCAUGAAUUUCUCUGAAGACGUGGGAACCAAGUCAGACCUGGUGACUUUAAACCCCAGCAUCCUUAAUGAAAAAUUCCGAAGACUGUCGGACCGCCGGAAGCCUUUCGCCGAUUCCCUGCGCCUUUAUGGGGACGCUUUCUUCCUCAUUCCUGCCUUCUCCUUCGUGGGACACACCGAUGUCAGCUACCGGGCCCUGUACACCAUGGAGGACUUUGGCUUGGCUCAGAGAGCUCUCUUCCUGAACCCCCAUUACCUGGCCCCACUGGGUAGCUACUGGAAGUCGAGGGGCUUAGGGCCCAAACGCCUCUCCUCCGGCUUCAUGUUCACCAGUAUGGCUCUGGAGUUGUGCGAGCGCAUCACCCUCUACGGAUUCUGGCCUUUCCAACAUGACCUGGAGAACCAGCCCAUUCUCCACCAUUACUAUGACAACAGGCUGCCCAAGCAGGGGGUUCACGAGAUGCCAAGCGAGUUUUCCCGAUAUCUAGACAUGUACGCCCAGGGGUUGCUGCGCUUACGGCUUGGCAAGUGUCCGUGAGAGGGGAGCUUCCGCCUGAAUGGGCAAGGGGGUGAUCGGGUGUCUCCUGAGCUGUGGAAGAAUGGGCGGCACAAAUGAUGGCACCAAGUUGCAAU